AUGUCCGACUUCGACAAGUUUGUGAAGCUGCUCGCGCAGACGGACGGCCGCGACAAGAUCUACAAGUUCCUUGGCGGCGUGCUGAAGAUCCUUGCCACCGUGGAGGCGGGCCACCCGCGCGCGGCGAGCUACAAGGCGGUCGGCAGCUCCAUCACCGAUGGCCGCUCGCUCCUGCGCAUGGCCAAGUGGACGGGUGACGUCCCCAAGAUGCACAGCAUCGUCGCCCUCUACACAGAGAAGGGCACAGUGGAGAUGAAGAAGAUUAUCGAGUUCCUGCGCGUGCUGGGCAACUUCCUGUACGUGCUCGGCGACAACACCGCCUUCCUGAUGCGCUACAAGCUGCUGCCCGGCAAGGCGAAGCAGGUCCAGCACCACAGCAAGAUCGCGCAGUUCUGGGGCUUCUUCUUCGCGGCGGUGCUCGACCUGGUCGCCCUCCGCAAGGCGCUGCUGAAGCGCGCCAGCGACGCGGCGACCAGCCAGAAGGAGGCAAAGGCUGCCCUCAUCAGCCUCGCAAAGGACGGUGCGGACGUGUUCGUCACGAUGGCGGCCGUCGGCUACAUGAAGGAGGUGUGGCACCCCAGCGCCGUGACCUCCGGCGCCCUCACCGCGCUCUCUGGUGGCAUCGCGACGUACCUCAACUGGAAGAAGAUCAAAUGA